UCUUCAACCUCCUCUUCUUCUUCUUCUCACCUUCAUCUUCUCUCUUUGGCUCUUUCUGAGUGAAUCGGCCAUGAGAUAAUAGUCAUAUAGAGGGUGUUAAUCAGACGGAAAAAAAGUUCCAUUUUUUCAUUCUUUUUGGGAGAUGGGCAACGGUUUGGGAAAGAUCACUGUCUGCUUCACCGGCGGCGAAGAGGCUCGCCGGAGACCGGACAUCCCGUUUUUAUCAUCGGAACCUCUUGACGAGGGUCUGGGCCAUUCCUUCUGCUACGUAAGACCAGACCCGACACGACUCUCUUCAUCCAAAGUCCACUCCGAAGAAACCACCACCUUCAAAACCAUCUCCGGCGCUUCAGUGAGCGCCAACACGUGGACUCCUCUGUCCACGUCCAUCGUAGACGUCUAUUCCUACCAUAGUGUUGAUCGAGCCGCGGCGUUCGAGAGCUCCACCUCCUUUGCGUCGAUUCCUCUCCAACCAAUCCCGAGGAAUCUGAUGAAUUCUGGUCCUAUUUCAGGUAACCUGUACGGGAUUCCAAGUUCGGGACCUCUGGAAAGAGGGUUCCUAUCGGGCCCGAUUGAGAGGAGCUUCAUGUCAGGUCCGCUCGAUCGCGGGCUGUACUCUGGUCCAAUCGAAAAGGGUUUCUCUGAUCAGUUCCCGAGGAGCUUCUCCCAUGGGGGUUUCGCUUUUAGACCCAGAUCGAGAAAAGGGAAACUGAUUCGGGUCCUUCGGCGAGCAAUAUCAAAAGCCAUGGCUCGAGGACAGCAAAACUCAAUGGUCGCUCCCAUCAAAGGCGGCGUGGUAAAAGAGCCUGAUUGGAUUGUUGGGCCGGAGAAGCAUCACAAUGAGAACUUGACAGUGAGCAGUGUGAAUUUUAGCAGCGAUGGCAGCUUAGAAGACGACGACUCCUUUGAAAGUCAGAAUCUUCAGUGGGCUCAGGGAAAAGCAGGGGAAGAUCGGGUCCACGUCGUCGUUUCGGAAGAGCGCGGCUGGUUAUUCGUUGGGAUUUACGAUGGGUUCAACGGCCCCGACGCGCCCGAUUACUUGCUGUCGAAUUUGUACUCUGCCGUUCACAAGGAGGUCAAGGGUCUGUUGUGGGACGACGGGUUUGAAUCAGCUACGAGCACAAUUACUUCUGCCCGUGCCACUUCCUCCCCUGUUUUAUCCCAAACUUCCAAUUGUGAGUCGAACUCUUAUUCGGAAAUGGAAGAUUCCGAUGGGAAUAGCUCGAUGAGUCGGACAGCGGGUGAUGCUUGUGUUCGCUGCGUAGUGGAGCAGCCAGAGAAUUAUCCGUGUGCAAGCGGGGAUGAUGGGAAGCGAAAGGGGGGGAAGAACACUUCUAAGAGCACAAAGAAGUGGGAGGAGAAUCAGAGAAGGUGGCGGUGGAAGUGUGAAUGGGACCGGGAGAGAGUGGAGCUCGACCGGAGAUUAAAGGAACAGUUACUGAAUAGUACUAAUAAAUCUGGGUCGGAUGGUUCGAGAGCCAUCAACCACGCGGACGUGUUGAAAGCGCUUUCGCAAGCUCUGAGGAGGACAGAGGAUGCCUACUUGGAGAUCGCGGACAAGAUGGUUGUGGAAAAUCCAGAGUUGGCGUUGAUGGGUUCGUGUGUGCUGAUAAUGCUAAUGAAGGGUGAGGAUGUGUAUGUGUUGAAUGUGGGUGAUAGUCGAGCUGUGUUGGCUCAGAAGGCCGAGCCCGAUUAUUGGCUUGGAAAGAUUCGGGAGGACUUGGAGAGGAUCAAUGAAGAAACAACGCAUGAUCUGGAAGUGUCCGACGGAGAUAGACCGAAUCUGACCGCUUUUCAGCUUAGCGUGGAUCAUAGCACUAGCGUGGAAGAGGAGGUUCAAAGAAUAAAGAACGAACAUCCAGAUGAUGCUAGUGCUGUGAUGAAUGAUCGUGUGAAGGGUUCAUUGAAGGUCACUCGGGCUUUUGGCGCUGGUUUUCUCAAGCAGCCUAAAUGGAACAAUGCACUUUUGGAGAUGUUCAGAAUAGACUACGUGGGGACUUCCCCAUACAUAAACUGUGUCCCAUCUCUAUACCACCAUAGAUUAGGCCCAAAAGACAGGUUUUUGAUAUUAUCCUCGGAUGGGCUCUAUCAAUACUUCACGAACAAAGAAGCUGUUUCGGAAGUUGAACUUUUUAUCUCAUUGCAACCUGAAGGAGACCCGGCACAACAUCUGGUUGAGGAAGUGCUGUUUCGUGCUGCAAAGAAAGCUGGUAUGGACUUCCACGAAUUACUCGAAAUACCACAAGGGGAUCGGCGGCGCUACCAUGAUGAUGUUUCCAUAAUUGUUAUUUCUUUAGAGGGAAGGAUUUGGAGGUCAUGUGUAUAAAUAGAGAAAACAACAGAUAGAAGAUAUAGAGACAUCUGGUUACAAAGUCAGCAUCAACCCCCUAUUUUUGCUGUUUUUCUUCCUGGUCACCUCUGCAAAAUUAACAAUUUAAGGUCUCGGAGUGCCUCAAGGAUCUUAGUUGGCAAUCUACUGGGUGAUGGAGAGGGGUGUAAAGGUGUAAUAGCUGGUUUAUGUUGAUUAUAAACUGUCAUAGAGAAAUUGUAAUAUUCUAAUAAAUGGCAUUCCUUUUGGAAAAAGGGUUUUGUUCGGAAUCA